AUGCUGAACUGCAACUGCUUGGCUUCUCAGAUUCUGAUUGGGCAGGCUGCAUUGAUUCAAGGAGAUCCAUUUCAUGAUACUGUUCUUGCUACGAUUUUAACUUUGUGGUUAGCAGACAAAUCUGGUCCCCGGCUUUUACUUAUUGUUUCUUCAUCUGCAAUGGCUUUGAGUCUUUUGGUUGUUUCAAUAUCAUUCUACUUGAAGGAAUAUAUAUCACCAGAUUCUGAUUUAUAUGCGACAUUGAGCCUCGUAUCGGUGGUUGGAGUUGUGUUCAUGGUUAUUGCAUUCUCUCCGGGAUUAGGAGCAAUGCCAUGGAUUAUAAUGUCUGAGAUUCUUCCGAUUAACAUCAAAGGCCUAGCUGGAAGUUUUGCAACACUUGCCAAUUGGUUCUUUUCCUGGUUGGUUACUUUAACAGCAAAUUUGCUCUUGGAUUGGAGUUCGGGAGUGUGUGUUUUCACAGCAUGA